AUGAAGAUGACAUGCACAAGUGUGGUCGCUGCCAGUCGGAGUUCACCUCCUUGGAAGAAUUUGUGCAACACAAAUUACAAAAGGUCUGCCAGCGAGCUCCAGAAGCGCUUGCCGCCGCAUCAGCAGGCCUCGUCAAACAAGAAGUGCAAAAGGUCGUUCCUUCUGUGGAGGAGUCGAUCACUGUUGCCCAUAUAGUUGUUGAAGCAUCUUCAAUAGCAGAGGAAAUCGGCAACGCCUCAGCGAUAGUAGGUAGUGGGCACAUCAAAGAGGUCAUUGUUGCAGGAGACGACGUUUUUGAGAACCCAAACGGUCACGUUGAUGGGGAAGUCGCUGAAGAGCAAGGCCACCCUGAUGAUCAGGAGCAGGAUAUUUCCUCAGAACUCAUCAAGGUUAAGCUGCUGGUUAACAAAGAAGGGCGAUACGUAUGCGAAUUAUGCCAGAAGACGUUCAAAACAGCCAGCAUCCUCAAAGCUCACAUGAUCACUCACAGCAGCAGAAAGGACUAUGAAUGUAAACUCUGUGGGAAUUCCUUCCGGACAAAAGGCUCUCUGAUUCGGCACCAUCGGCGUCACACUGAUGAAAGACCUUACAAAUGCAAGAAAUGUGGGAAAAGCUUCCGGGAAUCGGGAGCUUUGACUCGGCACCUGAAAUCUCUGACACCCUGCACCGAAAAAAUUCGGUUCAACAUGAACAAAGAAAUCGUAGUCCAUAAUGAGGAUUUGCCAGCAGGAUCCUGCAGCUCAAACACAGACACCGUUUCAUCGAUAGCGAGUGAAUCCAUCGACACUUCACCCGUCAUUCACCUUGUGACUGAUGCAAAAGGCAACGUUCUUCACGAAGUCCACGUCCAAAUGCAGGAACUUCCUGUUGUAGAUGCGAAAUCCCUGGACCAAGACUCGCACCCCGAGGAGCUGCCAUGUGAGGGGGAAGUGAACAGUGAGAAUCUGCUGAGGCAGGCCAUGAGGAAUUCGGGAAUUGUGAUAGAGAGAGUCGCUAUGGAGGAGAUGCAAAAGCCAGAUGAACCUGCUGUAGCUGCUGCAGAAGAACUAGAAAAUGAAGUGGUGGAAGCAGAAGAGGAGCCGUGCGGGGAACAGUGUGUUGAAGUAGAACAAGCAGAGUCUACAGAUGCAGAAAGAACAAAUGGGCACAAAAGUUACGUCUGCCCUCACUGUAACGAAGCCUUCAGUGAAGCUGCUUCCCUCGAAACACACAUCAAAGGUCAUUUAGAUUACAAGCCUUUCAAAUGCGAGGAGUGUGGCAAGGAGUUCACGAAGGGCUACCUGCUAAAAAAGCACCAAGAAGUGCACGUGAACGAGCGGCGUUUCCGCUGCGGGGAGUGUGGCAAGCUGUACAAGACCAUCGCGCACGUGAAGGGGCAUCGCAGGGUGCAUUCUGACGAGCGGCCGUACUCCUGCCCCAAGUGCGGCAAGCGCUACAAGACAAAGAACGCCCAGCAAGUUCAUUUCCGUACGCACUUGGAGGACAAACCCUUCGUCUGUCAGUACUGCAGCCGGGGCUUUCGGGAGAAGGGCUCGCUGGUCCGCCACAUCCGGCAUCACACGGGGGAAAAGCCUUUUAAGUGUUUCAAGUGCGGGCGAGGGUUUGCAGAGCAUGGCACUCUCAACAGGCACUUAAAAACCAAAGGUGGCUGCCUCCUUGCUCUGAAAGAGGUGGAGGAAGUGGUGGUGUCGGAGGAGAGUCAGUCAGCUGACAACCUAGCUGCGACAGUCAUCUCUGAAGAUCCUCACACCGUCUUGGUGGAGUUUUCCUCAGUGGUGGCGGACACUCAGGAAUACAUCAUUGAGACUGCUACUGAAGACAUGGAGACCAGUGAAGCUACUGAAAUAAUAGAGGGAACAAGACAUGAGGUAGACAGCCACAUUAUGAAGGUUGUGCAACAAAUAGUGAAUCAAGCAAACUCCGGUCACCAGAUCAUUGUGCAGAACGUCACCGUGGCAGAGAACUCCGAAGUAGCCACCGACGCUGCGGACACUAUCACCAUCGCGACGCCCGAGAGCCUGACGGAGCAGGUCGCUAUGACGCUGGCUUCCGCCAUCGGAGAAGGAGCAGUGCUGACUACGGAGGGGAGCAUCGAGACGGAAGAAGCAACGGUGACGAUGGUGGCAUCCGAGGACAUUGAAAUAAUGGAACAUGCGGGAGAGUUUGUGAUCGCCUCCCAGGAGGGGGAGGUGGAAGUUCAGACUGUGAUUGUGUAACGAACAGCAUGGGCCCAGUGGCUGACGUUAAUGCAAAACUUACUGUUUUUCCCCAGUUUGGGGAAUUUGAUCAGCCCUAGGUUUGCCA